AAGUUUUUCACCCGUGUCAGUAAACGCUGAAAUGAUCCCAGAGUUCAAACCAUUCACAUAAAGCUGGGGCUCUAAAAACUUCACUUUACAGACGGAAGUUUUGCAGACAACCAUAAUGGCAAAGAAGCUGAUGAUCAUCGACACUGACUGCGGCAUCGACGACGCCCAGGCUAUUAUGAUGGCCCUGGCUCCGCCUGACAUGGAGGUUCUGGCCAUCACCUGUGUGUUUGGUAACGCAGCGGUGGAUAGUGUGUGUCAGAACGUUUUGAGGGUGCUCUCCGUCUGUGAGCGCGAGGAGAUCCCAGUGUUUCGAGGCUCUGCUGGUCCUAUGAUUGGAGCCAGUAACUCACUCAGUGACCACUUCGGAGGUGAUGGGCUCGGGGAUGUGAUAAAGGACAAAGAUCCACAGUGGGAGGAGAAGAUCCAGAAAGAGCAUGCAGUCAAUGCAAUGAUCAGACUGGUGUCUGAACACCAGAACCAGGUCUCUUUGGUGGCCCUCGGCCCACUCACUAAUCUGGCACUUGCUGUCAGACUGGAUCCACAUUUCCCCCAAAAGCUCAAGGAUCUCUACAUAAUGGGGGGAAACAUGGAAGGUAAAGGGAAUGUGACGCUGUGUGCUGAGUUUAACUUUGUGAUGGAUCCGGAGUCGGCCUACGUCGUUCUUGAAGAUUUCCUCUGUCGCACUUACAUCGCGUCGUGGGAAUACUCGUGCCGAAACGCUCUGACGUGGGAGUUCUUUGAAGAGUUGAUCAAUCAGGACGCCCCUGCUGCUCGCUUCAUGAAGACGAUUACGUCUGAAUGCUGGGCCUACUCCAAAGAAGCUAUGAAGAACAAGAGAGACGUGUACUUUGGGCCUGGCUUUGUCUCUUACGACGCCUACGCAAUGGCGGCCUGCCUGGAUGGCAGCGUGGUGACGGAGAGCAUCGAGUGUCCGGUGCGCGUGGAGCUGCAGGGGUCAAUCGCUCGCGGCAUGAUGGCGCUGGAUCGAACAAAUAAGCUGAACAAGAGCCACAGUGUGUUUGUCAUGACUAAAUGUGAUGUAGCCAAGUUUGGCCAGCUACUAAUGCAAUCCCUCAGACAGCCCUGUAAAAAAAAAUAACUAGGUGCGUGGUGUCGUUUUAUGGAAGCAGCAAGAUCUUUUGAAAAUAAAUAUUUCAGCGAUUAGAUGACAAUGAGAAGUGACAUCCCGUAUUAGAGUAGUGGAUAGAGAAAGACGGGGUCUAGGCUCUGGUGGUGAUGGAAUUGACAGGCCAAGUUACGGUGGCCCUAAAGGUCAAAACACAAUGACAUUUCAGAAAACACAACAACAUUACAGAAAACACGACAACAUUACAGAAAACACAAUGACAUUUGAGAUUAUGGAAAGGGUAGGGACAACACUUCUUGUUUCUGACUGGACAGAGCCUGCGCUAAAAUAUAAGCUGAGGCGAUUGGUUGCUUAGCCAGUCAAGAAAGGACAAAACCGACAGCGUAGUCAUUUCCUGUUUACUCAGACAGGUCCGUGCACAAGUUUUAAACUGUGUUGGAAGGAAUGGAAGACGAGUUAGCGAUAAUAGAGGAAUAUCUUUACUGAUUACUUGAUUUUAAAAGUUAGAUUUACAUGUUACUUUAUAAGUUACAUUCAGUACUGGUUUGGAAAUAGUAACACGUCAGAUUACUCCUUACUGAAUAAAGUAAGAAAACUUUCACGUCAAAUAAAGGAACGAAGGCUGUAUGACGAUGAACUCGGUUUUUUAACUUUUUAUAAACCAUUGACUGGUUUGUGGCCACAAGGGGGCGAUAGAGACCUGCUGUGAACACAACAUUGACUCAUUUGACGUGUUCCAGUAACCAGUCUAACACACUUGCAUUUCUGAGCAGGUUAUGUUGCAUUGAAAUACGAAAUAAAAUCAUCAUAUUCAAAAUUAAAA